AUGUUGUCUAAGUUUUUUCACCGCUCAACAGCGAGUACGAAUGAAGACGGCUUAAACCUUUGGGAUCUUCCAAGGUUACACCGAGCCGCGUACAAGAACAAGAUUCAGAAAUUGCAAAGUCUUUUAAAGAAAAGACGAGUUGAUAUCAACAAGAAGGAUGUCGAAGGACGCACGGCACUGCAUUAUGGAUGCCUCGCCGGCAGAAUUCAAGUGGUACGGCUCAUUUUGGAUGCUGAUGGCAAAAUCACUAUUGACAGAUUUGGGAGGAGUCCUAUUUUUAUGGCAAUCAAAAACGGACAUUUGGAUAUAGUCAAAGUAUUCUACGGAAUAGAGUUUGACUUCAACCGACCUGACCACGCAGGGACCACACCACUGCAUUACGCCAUUUUCAGAAAGAAAAUGGAGAUUGCAGAAUAUCUGGUAAAACAAGUGCAUGUGAAUGUGAAUGCAAGAGAUAUGCAUAUAUCUACGCCACUGCACGAAGCAGUCCUUGCUGGGUUGCCAAAUGUGGUUUUAUUGCUAGUGAAAAGUGGAGCAGAAACAGAAAUCAGAGAGAUGAUCGGAAAGACCCCCUUGUUGCUGGCGAUCGUCAAAGGAGAAGAAGAAUGUGUUGAGAUCCUCUUACGCUAUGGUGCAGAGAUCUACCGUACAAGAUACAGCAGCCUCGCAGAGGACAAGGCUCUUCAAUUUCGCCAGAAAAGGAUAUAUGAAAUGCUCCAGACUUAUAGAUCAAAGCACGAGAGGAGAAUUGAAUUCAUCGAUCCAAAUCUCUUGAACAUCAAGUCGUCAUUGAUGACAAAUGAAGAUGGGAGUGUAAAUGCAGCUAUGCACGAAGAAGACAACGAAGUCGUUGCAUUUCACGAGAAUUCGCAUGAUUCUGGUCUAGAAUUAAGGUCAUCAAGCAGGCGAAUUGACAGAUGUAGCCAACCCGACAACUCUGUAAGCUUAGAAUCUCAGGAAGUCAUCGAAAUAUGCAUUAACAUCGAGCCCCAACCAGCAGAGGAGAUACCAGAUCUUCUCUUCGAGGAGGAUGGAGAAGAGUAUUCAGGAGAAGAGAUCAUUGAUGAACAGGAAAUCUCGUUGGUUAUGGCUGACUUUGAAACCUCAUCAUCCAACCAGCCCGAAGUUGAACAAGUCACCCCAUCGCUUAUUCAACUAGAAGCAGAACUGACUUCUGCAGAGCCCCAACCUGCAGAGGAGAUACCAGAUCUUCUCUUCGAGGAGGAUGAAGAAGAGUAUUCAGAAGAAGAGAUUGUUGGUGGACAGGAAAUAUCGUUGGUUUUUGCUGACUUUGAAACCCAAUCAUCCAACCAGCCCCAAGUUGAACAAGUCACCCCAUCAUUAAUUCAACUUGAAGCAGAGCUGACUUCUGCAGAGCCCCAACCUGCAGAGGAGAUACCAGAUCUUCUCUUCGAGGAGGAUGAAGAAGAGUAUUCAGAAGAAGAGAUUGUUGGUGAACAGGAAAUAUCGUUGGUUUUUGCUGACUUUGAAACCCAAUCAUCCAACCAGCCCGAAGUUGAACAAGUCACCCCAUCAUUAAUUCAACUAGAAGCAGAACUGACUUCUGCAGAGCCCCAAACUGCAGAGGAGAUACCAGAUCUUCUCUUCGAGGAGGAUGAAGAAGAGUAUUCAGAAGAAGAGAUCGUUGCUGAACAGGAAAUAUCGUUGGUUUUUGCUGACUUUGAAACCCAAUCAUCCAACCAGCCCGAAGUUGAACAAGUCACCCCAUCAUUAAAUCAACUAGAAGCAGAACUGACUUCUGCAGAGCUCCAUCCUGCAGAGGAGAUACCAGAUCUUCUCUUCGAGGAGGAUGCAGAAGAGUAUUCAGGAGAAGAGAUCGUUGCUGAACAGGAAAUAUCGUUGGUUUUUGCUGACUUUGAAACCCAAUCAUCCAACCAGCCUAAAGUUGAACAAGUCACCCCAUCAUUAAUUCAACUAGAAGCAGAACUGACUUCUGCAGGUAUGUGA